AUCGAAGUGAAAUUCGUUUCCUGAUAAUUCGCCUGGGGGCGAACGUCGCGUCAAAGAGGCUCGUUGCCAUCUUCCGUCGUGACUUUGUUCUUUCUGAAAAAUCAUGGCGAUUCCCACGUAAAUCGAAGAUCGGAUAUCGGCCAACGAACGGCGAACCGGCAGUCCGGUUUUUAGAGAUGAAACUGUUGGCGGUGCUUGGCGCGCUCGUGAUACAGUGCGCCGCGACAAAAUCAUGGAACAGCGACAAUUAUUCAGAGGAGACGUUCUUCGUGUUUGCCUGGAUCGGUUACCUGAAACGUUUCUCUCUGAUUGUGCUGAUGCUGUCUGGUGUAGUUCUCUACUAUAUCCCGGAAUCGCGACCGCACGCGCGCCGAAUCUGCUACGCGUUGAUCGAUCUCACAGCGAAUGGUUUGAAAUCCGCUCUGAGUGCCCGGGAGAGUGAGUUCUUGUACGAGAAAAUGAAAUCCAAGUGCCAUCGCGGCCGAUACGAGCCAUCGUCGGUCAUAGAAAAGUAUCUUUCGCAAGAAAUUCAAGGUGACGACGAGACUUUCGAACGACUCCAAAGAAAUUACGCCAAGAAGUCGAAAAUCUUCUUCGACGCGGACGAUGUAUUAGGAGGCAAAGAUAAGAAAAAAGGAAGCAAACUGUAUAAAGACAAUCGACUAUCGCGUCAACGUCUUCGUAACGUGAUUAAACACGAACCAUCUAUGGAAAUCGCUAAACCUGUCUAUUUUUACUCCGACAAGAUGAACGAUGGCCAAAAAUACCUGAAAACGAACGUGUCUGGUUCGAAACACUCUAACGAGUCAACAAUGGAGAACUACGCGCUUUUAAUCAGCGGCAGUCCACAGCAACUGGCAAUUUUCGAUGAAAAAUACGAAAAGGAUGACAUGGUGAUCGUUGAAGAUCCUUACGUGAGAGUGGAUUACAGGGAAUGUGGUACAUCCACCGAUAAACUAUCGUCGAAAGCUGAAGCUUCGAGUUCGGAACAAGAGGGACCUACCAGAGAUCAUAACGAGCAGGAAAUAGAAACGUACGUGAAAGAAGUUGAAUUUAAUUCGACGUCGGAAGGCAAUGGUUCACGGUACUCUGUUGAUAAAUCGUUGUAUCGAACAAGCCAAUAUCAGUGCGGCGAAACACGAAGGAAAUGGACGCUCGCAUGAAAAUAUAGCAAACACUCGAAGAAAAAAGCCUAGAAACGAAUCGACACAGUUCCGUUCUAACGACGGUUUUUAUCUCACCGAUCGAGGAGGGGAAGCGGACGAUGAAAAUUCUCAACAUGGAGAACGAGUGACUA